AGCAGCCCUCGCGCCCGCCGCUGUUGCUCUCCAACCAGGAUGGCCGGUCGCGCUUUCCCUGCCGGAGGCCGUGGCAAGCUCGCGCGAGUGGGUGUGAGGGACAGGGGCGGACCUGGGUGAAGGUCCACGGGCCCCUACCUCGCGGGCGUGAUCGCAACUCUGCCGGCCGUGCCGCGCCACGCCGGGAGCCAGGAUGGAAAGCAGGUGCUACGGCUGCGCUGUCAAGUUCACCCUCUUCAAGAAGGAGAUUGGCUGUAAGAACUGUGGCCGGGCCUUCUGUUCCAGCUGCCUUAGCUUCAGUGCAGCAGUGCCCCGGGCCGGAAACACCCAACAGAAAGUCUGCAAACAGUGCCACGAGGCCCUGACCAGAGGAUCUUCUCCUGCCAGUGCCUCCAAGUGGUCACCACCUCAGAACUAUAAGAAGCGUGUGGCAGCCUUAGAAGCCAAGCAGAAGUCCAGCACUCCCCAGAGCCAUGGACUGACCCCACAAGACCAAGUCAUCGCUGAGCGCCUAGCGCGGCUCCGCCAGGAGAACAAGCCCAAGUCAGUGCCCUCACAGGCAGAGAUAGAAGCCAGGCUAGCCGCACUGAGGGGCGAAACCCAGAGUUCCAUCCCUUCCACCCAGGAGAUGGAGGCACGGCUUGCCGCACUGCAGGGCAGAGUUCCACCUUCUCGGACCCCCCAGCCGGCGCAUCAGCCCCCAGACACCAGGACCCAGGCCCAGCAGGCGCAGGAUCUGCUGACACAGCUCACGGCAGAAGUGGCUAUUGAUGAGAGCUGGGAAGGAGGAAGCCCAGCUGCCGCUAUUCAGAAUGACCUCAACCAGGGUUGGCCAGGAGGCCUGAGUGCUAAUUCCAAGGGGCAGGCCACCCGGUCCCUGGAUGGGGAGAAGAGCAGGCUGCUGGCUGAAGCGGCAGUCGAGCUGCGGGAGGAGAACACGAGGCAAGAGCGGAUCCUGGACCUUGCCAAGCGCCUGGCUGUGCUUCAGGGACGGGACCCUGACAGAGUGACCCUCCAAGACUAUCGCCUCCCAGACAGUGAUGAUGAUGAGGAUGAGGAGACGGCCAUCCAGAGAGUCCUGCAGCAGCUCACUGAAGAAGCCGCCCUGGAUGAGGCAAGUGGCUUUAACAUCCCGGCAGAACCAGCACUGCAACCCCCGGCCACAUCCUGCAGGGCAGAGCCUCAGGCCCAGGCUCUGGCCCCCAGGCCUGAAGCUGAGGAAGAGCAGCUCCCCUGGUGCUGCAUCUGCAAUGAGGAUGCCACCUUGCGCUGUGCUGGCUGCGACGGAGACCUCUACUGUGUCCGCUGCUUCCGGGAAGGCCAUGAUGCCUUUGAACUUAAAGAGCACCAGACAUCUGCUUACCACCCCCCACAUGCAGGCCAAGGACACUGAGCACACCCUGGCCUCGCAGGAAGGUCGUCCUACAGGCAGUCACACAGGCCGGGGCACCCGCUCUAGGCCCAGACUCGGGGCAUCUGAUGGGAGAGCAUUUCAAGCUAGAUUGCUCAUGGGUGCCCCCUUUCCUGAGCCUCGAUGCCCAUGAAGGGGGAAGGAUUCUGCAUCGGGAAUGGCGACUGGAGGAGCCGAGGGAAGGCAGAAGUCAGGAGCCUCCACCAGCAAAGCCUGGACUGGAAAGACCAGACUGAAUCUAAGAUUGAGCCUUGAAACCUGCUCAAGCGCCCCAGCACUGAAUGUAUCAAAUAAAGUAUGCUGAGUCCUUGGGCCCAGCGUCGUUGAUCUCUAGAACCUGUGGCCCUGAGCCUGGGUCCUUGGAGAGGCGGCAAAAGCAAAGUAGGCUGUAAAUCCAGUCCUAGGGUGAGGGAGAGGGUUGAGCCCUCAGGUAAGAUUCUCCCGUCAGGAACAGUACCACCCAUCUCGGAGGCCUCGGAGACCAGAGGCAUGAAUUUGUAAAACUGAACGGAAGUGUGGGUCCUGCUCUGGGCAGCCCACCUUAGCCCCAGCCCCCACUAUCGUGAUUCUCGGCCUCUCUAGGACUCAGACGCUGCGUGCACAAACAAUGGAUGCACGCCCUGCUUCCUGCCUUAUUCCCAACGGGCACCAACUUCCAGGGCUCCUGUGCCAACCUGCCUGCUGUUCUGACUCGUGUCUGUUGCUAGCAACUCCCUCCUGGCCUCUUAGCCUGAACCCUAUCCCCCUCUGCUUAGCCCCUGCUUUUUCUCUUCCCCCGGCUGCAGCCAGCUCUAGAAAGAGUCCUCAGUCUGAGGCCUCCGGCAUCUCUUAGCGGGGGAGGAGGUUUCAGCCUUCCCUGAUGUCCCAGACCCAGGCAGCUUUUUCCUGUUGCCUCCUCGGGGAUUCAAAACUGGUCUUUGCCACUUGGGCCCCUGUUGAUGAUGACAGGAUGCUUUGUGUCUUAGCCUCAGGGCCUUGCUAGAUUAUGAUCUCUGAAGCAGAACUGUGACCUUCAUUUUUAAAUUCUCAAAGAUUGGAUGG